GACAACUCGCUGCGCUCGACAGCGGCGAUGGCAGCGGCAGCAGCGGCGGCAGCGGCGACAGCAGCGACGGCGUCGGCGGGGGCAGAAACGGAGGUGGCGGCGCAAGGGGGGCGGGAGGUGGAAGGGCAAGAGACAGGCCGUCGGCUGUGGCUGCAGGCACGGCUAAAGGAGCAGCCGGCGCUCAAGCGCUGUCAGGCGGGGAUACCCAGCGCGCGGGUGGCGUCGGCAGCUGACCAUGAGCUGCGAAUACGCUACCUCUAUGGAGGUGGCGUGGACGCGGCGGCGGCUGCCGGGUCUGCGCCUGCGCCGGUGCAACAGUACGGGCUGUGGCACCUACUCCGUUUCUACCGGCAGUGGGGCCAGCGGCGGUGGCGCCUGACUGUCCAUGUGCGGACGCAGAAGGUGCUGGAGCACACGGCGCAGCAGCUGGCUGGUGGAAGGCCCAAGGAGGAGGUCAUUGGUGGCUGGGGCAACGCCAACACUGGCUAUGGCGGUUGCAUCAGCAGGUUGGGGCGGGGCCCAAACCGGGCACUGCUCCGCCUGCUGGUGGACAAGUACGCGCACCUGGUGGUGUACGUGGACGAGUUCUACACAUCGCAGGUGUGUGCGAAGUGCGGGCGGCGCUUACUCGGCAACGGGCAGCGCUGCCUGCAGGCGGUCGUACCAUGGGGGGGCUUACGUGCUCACCAAGUCCAAGUGUGCAACCACUGCGGGACGGUGUGGGGACGUGACGUCAACUCCGCAACCAACAUCCGGCACGCGCUGGUGGAGAUGCUGCUGGGGCACAAGCGACCUGCAUCGCUGCAGACUGGCGGCGGCGGCGGCGGUGGCAGCGGCGGCGGCGGCAGCGGCGGCGGCGGCAGCGGCGGCGGCGGCAGCGGCAGCAGCGGGGGCGCGUGCGCGCAACUUGGUAGCGGAGGGGGCGGGAAAGGCCACGUGGAGGAGGAGAGCGCAGCGCCGCCCAAGAAGCGGCGCAAGCGCGCAGGCUGAGGAGCCGGCUGGUGUCUAGGUAGUGGUCCGCGGUGGGGCUGGCAGGGCAUGCGUAGCGGCAUGACAAGUAGUGCGGCUGUUGACAACUGUGCUACGUCUGGCUGCGGUUGGCUCUGCUGUGGCAUCGCGAUUGCUAGGCACCUGGUUUGGCUAUGUGCCUGUGGAAACCGACCCCGGCUAUGUCCGGGCGAUGAGGUUGUUCGGCCUCAGACUGUGGAGGGGCUCAGCCCCUUUUCCCGUGACCGGGGAACACUUGUCUACAGUGUAGAUGGAAAGGUGAGCACUGAGUAGAUGGGAGAUACGAGCGUCAUGUUCGCUUGUGCGUGUUGCGUUCUUUCAAGCAUAUCCAUAAUAAGAGCACUGAGCCAGUGAGAGACGGUGCAGGACGGCAGUGAGAGGUGGGCAUCAGCAUUACAGAUUCUCGGAUGCAUGACCUAGCAUGGCUUGGGCCUAUUUCUAUGGGGUUGAUGAAAACACGGGGACUACGGGCACUCAAAAGGGCGAGGGCGGGCGUAGCCCGAAACCCGCUACCUGAACGGGGAAUGCACAAGGGAUACGGUAGUUGCGGUAUUAGAUACAUGCAGCGGGAUGGGCUGGACAGUGUCGGAGGCUACUGCUGCGUACCCGGCCAAUGCCACACGCCGAAACCCUGUGCCGCCACAAUCGGAGUAGCCGCGCGCGCCAUCCGUCUCCCGGCCAUGCCUCCCGUGCCUCGUCCACUAGCGCAUCGGAAACCGUCUAACGACUGUGAUUGAGCGUGAACGUCUGUGUACGUUUGUGAACGUUUGUGUUUGAGGCCCGUUUGAGAACGGCGGCUAAUAGCAAGAGGUGGCGCAAUGGGGAGGACCUGUAUUGACUGUAUUGACUGUUGUAUUGACUGUUGUACAGGGUUUCGGCGUGUGGCAUUGGCCGGGUACGCAUGAGACAA